CAGUGCUCCGAUUGAAAAUUUUACACUUUCUGAUUACUUCGCAAAUUUCCGCAGAUUCUACGUCUUGUAGAUGUAAAAAAUAGUUUACUUUUUAAGUGAUCUACCGUGCGAGCUAAUGGUGAUGAAUUGCUGGUAAUAAAUAUCCAUAGUAGGGCGUAAAAUCGUAAAGCAAAUAAUCGAUCGAUAACCAGCACAGCAAAGUCGUCAUUCCGUCGUCGUCCCAUAUCUCAAGGAGAAAGAAGAACGAAAACAAAAAUGAUUCGUUGAGCAAAAGUUACGUGUUUUUGAGAAUAAUUUUGUAGAUUCAACAUUAUUUGGAACGUUGUUGAUUGUUGACUACGCAAGCGAUUUGUGAGGGUAAUCAUCAUGCUCAGUACGAAUUUGAUGGUUCCGGUUGUGCUGUGGGGCCCCAAUACGCCAACCCACUGUGUUUCGAGUGUGUUUUUGUCACGAGACCAGAAAAUCCUUGCUACUGGUUGUUACGAUGGGCAGAUUUGUUUGUGGCAAGUUAAUCCGGAUACGCUACAAAUGACUCCUCGCUGUUUACUGGUGGGUCAUACGGCACCAGUUUUGUGCUUGACUCGAGCAUCCAUCAUACAAGAUAAUAACUUUUUGGUAAGCUCGUCGGAAAACGGAGAAAUGUGCACCUGGGAUCUGGUCGAUGGUAAGUGUACCGAGAGUAUCAAAAUGGCCCAGGUUCAUACGAACAUCCAGGCUUAUCACCAGGCAAACUGCGACGAUAUUCGAUUAUUUUGCAAUGGAUAUUACGCGGAAAUCAUGGUGAUGGAUCCGUUCAGUCUGGAAGUGCUAUUUUCCCUAAGUUCCAAGGUUAAUCCGGAUUGGAUUUCUGCCUUGCAUGUUUUGAGACCGUCUAAGCGUAAGGAUGAUGUUGUGUUGGCAAUCACCACUACGGGGACCGUCAAGGUUUGGACGUUGAUUGGAAAUGAAAAUAAGUACUCCGAACCGAUCUACGAAAAUGAAUCGAAGCAGAUCCGUUGUCUCAAUGCCAUCACGAUGAACUGCUGUUCGCAAAAUCAACGCACAGUACUGAUCGUUUGUGCAAAAUAUUGGCAAAUUUACGAUGCUGGAGAUUUUACUGUUCUGUGCAGUGUGAUCUCGCCAUCGGGAGAACGUUGGAUGGGAGGUGAUUUCCUGGCAAAUGAUCGCGUUAUAUUGUGGUCAGACGAAGGAAAGGGAUACAUGUAUCGAUUGCCAGCGAAUAGCAUUCCCGAUAAUAAGGAUUUCCAUGGACCAUCCAUUGGGAAGGAUUCCCCCUUCCUGUAUUGCGUGUUGUCGCAAACAGGCGAGAAACCCCUGUCCUGUCCUCCGACUAUGAAAUUGGUCACGUCGAAUCGGGGCGGAAAAACGCAAAAGUAUCUCCUGAGAGGUGAUUCCGAAGGGUUCAUAAAUAUUUGGGCCGUACCGGAUAUUACUAUGGAGCAGAUUAAAGUAAUUCAGAUUGAGAAGAGACUGCCUGCAACUCUUGAAUCGACCAUCUGUACCAGUUUGGAAGAGGCGUGGAACAAAAUGAAUCCACUACCGGUGGGCAUUCUGGAUCAGCUUUACCGCAAUAGCAGUGAACCGAUGAUCAAAUUAACGGCCAGCAUCUAUCUACCCUUGCAAAGCCGUCUGGUCGUAGGUCGGGAAGAUGGCAGUAUUAUUAUCGUUCCGGCUACGCAAACCGUCAUGCUUCAUCUGUUAUAUGGUCACCAUCAGGAAUUAAGCGAUUGGCCCCGGCACCAGAUCCUGAAUGGGCAUAGUGGCCGCGUAAAUUGCCUCCUGUGUCCAUCUUUGGCGCAUCCACGUUAUGAUAAGUCUCAUCUGGUUUCCGGGGGUGUCGAUUUCGCCGUUUGCUUAUGGGACCUUUACAGUGGCCAGUUGCUUCAUCGGUUCUGUGUCCAUGCCGGGGAAAUCACCCAACUUCUGGUGCCACCACCGACCUGCAGUCCAAGAAUCCUGAAAUGCAUUUGCUCGGUCGCCUCGGACCAUUCGGUAACGUUGCUGAGCCUGCAAGAGAGGAAAUGCGUCACACUGGCAAGUCGCCACCUGUUUCCGGUCGUUUCUAUCAAAUGGCGUCCUUUGGAUGAUUUCUUGAUUGUAGGAUGCUCAGAUGGGACCGUGUACGUGUGGCAGAUGGAAACUGGUCACCUGGACAGAGUCCUACAUGGAAUCAUCGCCGAAGAAGUCAUGAAUGCAUGUGACGAGAAUGUAGGAGAAACUGGAAGCAGUAGCGGCUCUACAUCGGAAUUGGGCCUCUCAAAUCCCGCGGUUCACUUUUUCAGAGGCCUCCGUCAUCGCAAUUUCAACGCCAUUCGUCACGCCACGCAGCGUGGUAUUCAUCAACUGCAGCAGCUGCAUGCACAUAACAAUCAGCACGGCGACUUCCUGAUGAAGAACCGAAGCAGCCCAUUAAUAAUUCAGGGUUUGCGGACCAACCCGAAAGAUGCCGAGAGUCACAUUUUAUUCUUUGACAUUGAAGGACUGAUAUUUGAGCUACAUGCCGAAGAGUACGCUGCUAUGAGUCCAAGUACUUUGGAGGCUGAAGGUUUACUUAUUCCGAUCGGCACCGAAACACAUUCAUCAGAGGCUGGGAAAAAGAUUUCAGAUUUUCUUGGUCGCGUGAAGAAUAAAGCUGGUGACAUGGAAAAAAUUCUGAAAGAGAAAGAUAAACACGGUAUACUUGCAAAAAUGAAGGAAGGUGCAGAAAACGUUCAAACCAAGGUUCAAGCCAAGUUAGACAGUGUAGUCAAGAAUGUAGGUGAUUCGGGUAAGGAUGCAACCGAUAUCACGAGAAAGAUAGCUCCACGAAUGGAAGCCACUCAUGUGAUGGAAGUAGCUCAACUUCUCCUGUCGCUGUUACACUCUUGGGGACUGGAUCCACACCUGGACAAAGUAUGUGAAACGCAGCUAGGUUUGCUGAAGCCAAUGAUUCCAGUUUCGUUUGGAGUGUUGUCGAAGGGCGGCUACAUGUCGCUAUUGCUUCCAACUUGGCAGAACAAUAUCGAUAUGAAAAUAACCCCUGAAGAAAUAAGAACAGCUUCGUCAACAGCCGAACAGAUGCGUCAGCAACAUUUGACCAGUAUGUUUACUGCUCGGUUGCAUUGGGAAUUAAGCACCACUCUAACUUCGAAUCAUCUACUGGCGCUCAUCUCUAUGUCGAAUACACUGAUGUCCAUGAACAUGGCAACGUUUAUUCCGGAGCAAGAGCGCAAUCGAAAACUGCAUCGUCAGUCUACCCGCGCAUCUUGGACCAAUGAUGAAGAGCAGGAAGAGCUUUACACCCAACAGCAGGCUCAGAUCAAGCAAGGUUGGAGCCUUCUCUCUACCCACCACUGUUUUCUGCUACCAGAAAAAAUAGAUGCUUUGGAUGCAAACACCUUCAAACGACCACAGGUUGAAAUGAUGGCUCGUCGUUGGCAGCACCAUUGCUUAGAAAUUCGAGAAGCAGCUCAACAGCUUCUGCUCGGUGAACUCGGCCGCAUGGGUAAGAAGGGCAGAAAGCAGUUAGUUGAGAGCUGGGCUCAAUAUCUUCCUAUGUAUACCCACACGGAACCAAUUGUACAGCAAUCGCAAACUACCAAUCAGUCAAAUUCCGGCUCACCGGUGUCUACUCCUGGAGGACAGCCCAUGGAAACACAAGAAGAGGAAUCCGAAGAAGAGGAAGAAGUUGUACGUAAACCUUCCAGCUUGGCUGAAUUGAAACGGAAGCAAACCACUGCGGUUGUACUGCUGGGUGUAAUUGGGGCUGAAUUUGGUCAGGAUAUUUCUUCAUCUGAUGGUAAACGAAACAACGAGAAUCGUAGGAAAAGUUCUGUUGUUGAAGGCUUUGGAAUUGGGAAUAAUAACCUCGCUCGGUCAACAUCGAUGGCAUUGACACAUUUGCUGUUAGCUCCACCGACGCCUAAACUUCCAGCUUACACGCCAUUGCGAAGAGCAGCUAUAGAUUUGAUUGGACGAGGCUUCACUGUAUGGGAGCCCUAUAUCGACGUUAGUAAAGUUCUCCUGGGCUUGCUAGAAAUGUGCUGCGAUUCGAAUCGUCUCAUACCCAGCUUGAACUACAAACUUCCUCUAACGCCUCAGGCCGACGCCUGCAGAACAGCUCGACAUGCGUUGAGGUUGAUCGCUACUGCACGACCAGCUGCAUUUAUUACGACGAUGGCUCGUGAGGUCGCCCGCUACAACACGCUGCAGCAGAAUGCGCAGGCCAUUAGUGUCCCGAUUACACAGUCGGUAUUGCAUAGGGCCAAGCGUGAAAUUUUGCAGUGCGUCGAAAUGCUGAUCGACAAGAUGCAAACAGAGAUUGCCAACUUGCUGGUUGAGGUCAUGGACAUAACUCUUCAUUGUGUUGAUUCCGGAGAUCUUAAAAACAAAGGCCUGGCUGAAGUCAGUCCCUCGAUGUGUAAAUUCAAUCAAGUAUCUCACUGCGGUGCUUCAAGACGAAUUUCUGUUGGAGCUAGUAAUGGUCACUUGGCUAUCUACGAGCUACGUCAGAACAAGUGUCAAAUGAUACCGGCCCACACGAAGCCCGUCACGGCCCUCGCAUUCAGUCCAGAUGGUAAGUUUUUGGUUAGCUAUUCAUGUUCGGAGAAUCGGUUGUCAUUCUGGCAAACCAGUACCGGCAUGUUUGGUCUGGGUCAGUCGCAGACUAGAUGCAUCAAAGGAUAUUCGACGGCACCGAUUCCGGAUGUUGCUCGGCUAAACCCAAUGCGUUUGGCCAAACUCAUCUGGAUCAAUAACCGAACCGUCACUUUAAUGCUCGCCGAUGGAUCCGAAACCAGAUUCAACGUCUAAGUAUGUACGCUAUCAACCAGUAUUGUGUAUAGAUAAUCUGUUAGAAAAUUACUCGCUGUUAACGUAGUAGAUAGAGCACGUGUGUAUAUGUUGUUACGACCUAUUUCCAGAAUUACUACAGACAUUUUCCAAAAUUUCAGUCACCACCGCUACGUUAAUAAUGCUUGUCAUUUGCUUUUUGGUCAUUCAAAUUAGAAGAAAAUCAAUUUACCAUGUCUAUCAUUAUUGAUUACAAAUUAGCAAAGCUCGUGUUUUGAAGUCGAAAUUUCUUCUUUUCCUCAACCAAUGCAACUGACCGAUAGUCUAUUCGAAAAAUCACGCGGAAGACGAAUGAAACAAAAAGCGAAAACGAACGACCAAAACCAACCCAAACCAAAUCAAUGAAGCAUAGGUACGCGAUUCUUAAGCAACGCCUGAGGCUUAUAUAAUUAUGCAAAUCUGACAUGUUGCUGGUCAUGUGUUCUUUCGUGCCGAUAUGUAGGUAGCUCUAUAUUUUCUUUCUCACAUCGAAUAGGGUACUUUCACAAGAAGGUCGCGGUUGAAGAGGAAGCCUGCGUCCGGACUAAUGAACUGGAAGGGGGGACGAUUUAUGAGUUGACCUAUUUUUUUCGAUUCCGCCAGCCGUGAAUACCGACGUUGCUUUGGGGCUUUUAAUUUAGUGACUGCGAGCGAAAAGACAGGUGUAGUGACCUAAAUUUUGUUGUUGACCGUUGGAAGAUGCUUCCGGGAACAGAUUUAGGACAGUCGAUGAAAUGAUAAUUGCAAAAUUUGUGAAUAAUUAUAUUAAAUGUUUUAUAUCAUAUAAAUGUUGCAGAUUUACAAUGUUGAACUGAUAUGCAAGCUUGUAAUACACUAUUACUAUCUUUUUCAACUGUUUACAUUAAAAUGUGUAUUCAAAAAACUA